AUGGGAUUAGUACUGUCAAGCAUAUGCCUGCCCCUCAACGAGCUGCUGCUGAGUCCUCUGAAGACGGCGGCUUCGAACUCCAUCUCUUUCCUGAAGGAGAAAGUGGGCGGCCCGAUCACCGGACAGGCCCUCCUCUUGAAGGAUAAGGCGGAGCAGGUCGCAGCCUUGAAGGACCAGGUUGAGCAGGUCGCCGCCUUGAAGGACCAGGUAGAGCAGGUUUCCCUCCCAGACGCUGUUACAGCCAGAACCCAGGAAGUCCGAAGCCUCCUUGGAGACGCACCUUCAACAUCUCUUCUGGAGCCAUUGACGGCGGAAAAGACUUCCGAUAUUCUGGGGAAGAAGCUAAACCUCUUUUAA